AUGUCUAAAAAUGCAGAAAAAGCAACUUCGCAUAAAUAUGAAGUUGGAAAAGGCAAGAUGUAUUUCAGGACUUUUUCUGUUAAAACCGGAUACAACACGUACCCCCACCAAACUCUUCCCGUACCCCUGGGGAUACGCCUUUCAUCUGGCCUGUCCCAACUCAAGACCAGCAUGUUCGCCUCGGGUGGAAGCCGCUGGGAAUGGGAGCCGGUGGUCCGCAAUGACCUCUUGGCUCGGGGUUUCCAUUCCUGCAACGUCGUGCAAGGAAAGUUCCUGAUCUUUGGGGGGCUGAAGACUCAGGACACCCAGGAGCCCCCCCUGGGAGACGUGGUGGCCUUUGACCCAGCCGUCCAGACGGUGCGCACGCUUGCUCCGGAACACAGCUACCGACGCAGUCACCACCAGGCGGUGGUGCUGGGCGACCACUUGCUGUGUGUGGUGGGUGGGUGGGACGGAUCUCGCAGGGUCUCGGAUGUCUGCAGCUUCGAUGUGGAGCAGAAGCAGUGGGAAGGCUGGACAGCCAGGACAUCCGAGACCCCCGUGGGACUGAGCAGCCAUACUUGCACCAAGCUGACGGAGCAUGAAUUGCUGGUGGUGGGCCGGGAGGGCGGCCUGCGCACCCAACGGCGUUAUGCCAGCAUCUUCACGUUGCACCUUCAGCCCAGCAGCAAGACCUACUGGUACAAAGAAGAGGAAUCCCGGACAGCCUCCCGAGCCGGCCACUCUGCCAUGCUGCUAGAGGAUUACGGCCCUCAGGGAAAGAGCAGCGGCUACAAACUCUUGGUCUUUGGAGGGCGCGAUUCUGCGGACUGCGAUGUGGCCGGACAUUGGGGCAAAGGAAAGGUCCAUUUCAUGCUUGCUCCCAAUGAAAUGUGA